CGGCUAGCGGCCUGGGCGCCUCGGGCACUGACCUCUAUUGCCUGGAUCUGCUGCGGAAACGAGAUUAUGAAGGUUAUUUAUGUUCUCUCCUGCUCCCUGCAGAAUCCCGAAGCUCUGCUUUUGCACUGAGGGCCUUCAAUGUGGAACUGGCUCAGGCUGGUUAAGGACUCAGUCUCAGAGAGAACAAUUGGACUGAUGCGAAUGCAGUUUUGGAGAAGAACUGUGGAAGAUAUAUACUGUGACAAUCCACCACAGCAACCUGUGGCCAUUGAACUAUGGAAGGCUGUCAGAAGACAUAACUUGACUAAAAGAUGGCUUAUGAAAAUCAUUGAUGAAAGAGAAAAAAAUUUGGAUGACAAAGCAUACCGUAAUAUCCAGGAACUAGAAAAUUAUGCCGAAAACACACAGAGCUCUCUUCUUUAUUUAACACUAGAAGUAUUGGGUAUAAAGGAUCUUCAUGCAGAUCAUGCCGCAAGCCACAUUGGAAAAGCACAAGGCAUUGUCACAUGCUUGAGAGCAGCGCCCUAUCAUGGGAGCAGAAGAAAGGUGUUCCUGCCCAUGGACAUUUGUAUGCUGCAUGGCGUCUCCCAGGAGGACUUUCUACGGAGGAAAAAAGAUAAAAAUGUGAGAGAUGUCAUAUAUGACAUUGCCAGCCAGGCACACUUGCACCUAAAGCAUGCUAGGUCCUUCCACAGCAGUGUUCCUGUGAAAGCAUUUCCUGCUUUUCUUCAGACGGUUCCUGUAGAGGACUAUUUAAAGAAAAUUCAGCGAGUGGAUUUUGAUAUAUUUCACCCAUCUUUACAGCAGAAGAAUACAUUACUUCCAUUUUCUUUGUAUGUUCAAUCAUGGAGAAAAAGAUAUUAAAGAAAUUUCAUGGCCAUGGAUAAUCA